CAAGUAGCUUCGCGAUCCUGCCGCGGCCAUCCUCCCGUACAAAACCUCUCCCCGCUCCUUCCAGCCUCUUCUUCAAACUUUCCCGCUUCCGGGUUCCGUCUUGCGAGAGGCGAGAGAGCGAGCGAAGGAUGGAGAGCAACGAGGAGAGGAAGACGGAAGGAUGGGAGACGCCGAAGAGGGUGGAGUGCCGGAUACCGGCGGUGCUGCCGUGCCCGCCGCCGCCGAAGAAGAAGUCGCCGGCGGGGGCGUUCGGGAAGAGGAGGGAUCCGCCCAAGAACGGCUACUUCCACCCGCCGGAUCUGGAGGCGCUCUUUUCCCUCGCGCCCUGGAGGGAGGCGUCCUGCGCUUGAUCCCGGGAUCUGAUCUGAUCGGAAGAAAGACCGCUCGCGCCAAGAGACGGCGCUUUUCUGUAAACAUUUCUGUUGUACCCUUGUUAUCAGUACAAGAUCAGGGCUUUUGCGGUUUCUCUCUCUGUCUCCGUAUCUAUUUGCAAGCGAAUCAAAUCUAACCUUUGUCUAACGUUAAAUGCUGCUCCUGCCGCCGCUAUAUUGGUUUCUAUGUUCUCUCUUUUUCUUCUUAUUCGUCCAUUGUAAAAAAAAGUUCCGGUCUGAAUCUGGAUCUGGGUGAAGGAAACGGGUCAUU